AUGCCUUCAUUUACCCGUUUGGCUCUCUCGGCCCUGGCAGCCACUGCCGCCGUCGCUACCGGCAUCAAUGACUACUCGUGCAAGAGCGACUCCAACCCUGUCAUCUUCCUGCACGGUCUGGGUGCCACCUACUAUGAAGACCUGAACUUCAUGCAGUACUGGCUGCAGUCCAAGGGCUACUGCACAUACGCCCAGACCUACGGCGCUUACGAUGGAUUCCCACUCGUCGGUGGCCUGAAGGCCAUCAACGUGAGUGCCCCUGAGAUCGCCUCCUACAUCAAGGAGGUCACUCAGAAGACCGGCAAGGCCAAGGUCGACCUGGUCGGACACUCAGAGGGCGCCUUCCAGGCCCUCUACGUCCCCAAGUUCGAGGGUGUCUCCCACCUCGUCGACAAGAUCGCCGCCAUUGCCCCACCCACCCAUGCCACUGCUUUCGCGCACAUCUAUGAUAUCGCUUACCUCUUCGGUAACUCCUCGCGCAAUGCUGUUAGCGAGGUCCUCCACCUCGUCGGUUGCCCUGCUUGCGAUGACGUUGGUCCUGAUGGUGCUGCCGUCAAGCGUCUCAAUGACGGUACCCCCAUUGCUCAGCCCGGCAACAAGAUCACUAUCAUCGCUUCUAAGUACGAUGAGCUGGUCACCCCUCCUAAGACUUCUUUCAUUGAUGAAGAUGGUGUCAACAACACCUGGAUCCAGGAUACCUGCCCUCUUGACCCGGUCGGUCACAUUGGUGAGGCAUACGAUUUGAAUGUGUGGCACCUUGUUCGGAACGUGUUGGAUGAUACCCCUGAUCGCAAGUUUGUCUGCUUGCUUGGAUCCCCUGGCAAAUAA